AGUGCUGCAAAGCUUAGACUAGGGAAUCUCAGAGCUGACUGUGCACCUACCAGCACAGAUGGCUCCACAGACCGGCUCCACUGAAAAGAAGACGAGACCUGUUUCUGCCUUUCUACAGCUUUUCACUUGGGAAGAGAUCAGAAUCCACAACGGCCGUGGUCAAGGUCAGGAGCAAUGGCUGGUGAUUGACAGGAAGGUUUACGAUGUCAGCAAGUUUUCCAAACACCACCCGGGAGGCAGCCGAGUUAUUAGCCACUAUGCUGGCCAAGACGCUACGGAUGCCUUCGUAGCAUUUCACAAUGAUAAGUCCCUGGUGAAAAAAUACUUGAAAUCUCUGCUGAUUGGGGAGUUGGCACCGGAUCAACCCAGCUUUGAGUCUAAUAAAAAAAAAUCACUUUUAGAGGAUUUUCGUGAGCUGCGCUGCACUAUUGAGAAGAUGGGACUUCUGAGGCCAAAUUACACCUUUUUCUUCCUGAUUUUCCUUCACCUCCUGGUACUGGAUGCUGCAUCCUGGCUCGUGGUCUGGUACUUUGGGAUAUCCUUAGUGCCUUUCCUGGUUGGCAUGGCAUUCUUCACCAUUGCUCAGAUCCAGAUGGGCUGGUUCCAACACGAUCUGGGGCACUGCUCUGUCUUCAGGAAGCCGAAAUGGAAUCGACUUCUGCAGAUCGUUGUGAUAAAUGUUCUGAAGGGGUUACCUGCCAGCUGGUGGAAUCACCUGCACAACCAGCACCAUGCCAAACCCAACUGCUUCCGCAAAGACCCCGACCUCAACAUGCACCCUCUCCUGUUCAGCUUGGGAAAGACACUCUCCGUGGAGCUCGGAAAAAAGAAGAAAAAGUUCAUGCCUUACAAUUACCAGCAUAAGUAUUUCAUCUUAUUGGCCCCGCUUGCACUCGUACCCUUCUUCCAGCUGUCUAUAUUCUACUUUGCGAUCAAGAGGAAAAAGUGGUUGGACCUGUUACUGGUUGUGUCUUUCAACAUCCGAGUCUGUCUCAUGUAUAUUCCUUUAAUGGGAUUUAACAAUUUCAUGGUGUACUACUGGCUGUCCAGGUACCUGGAGAGCACCUGGUUCAUUUGGGUGUCGCAGAUGAAUCACAUUCCAAUGGACAUUGAUUAUGAUAGGAACAAAGACUGGGUAUCCACUCAGCUCCACGCAACAUGCAAUGUGAACCAAUCUCUGUUCAAUGACUGGUUCACUGGGCACUUGAACUUCCAAAUCGAGCACCACCUUUUCCCCACCAUGCCUCGACACAACUACUGGAAGGCAGCUCCUCUGGUGAAAGCCCUGUGUGAUAAGCACGGCAUUGAGUAUAAAAGCAAGACUUUGCUGACAGCCUUUGUAGAUAUUUUGCAUUCACUGAAGGAUUCUGGGGAGCACUGGCUUGAAGCAUAUCUGCAUGGAUAGCAACUCUCAAAGGGAACCUCUUCACCAGACAAUGGCUGCAAAGAGUCAGCACAGACCAUCAGUGUGUGUGUGUGUCUUCUGGUAUAGAAACUUGGGAGCUGGUCAAAGCUAAUUUCAGUAAGAAAGUGUGGGAAAGUGGGUUAAAGAUACAUUUUUUUCUUGUUCCCAGCCACGAACCUCUAUUUUUCCUGCUCUCAAACUCAGCAUUUAGAGCCAUGAGGAACUGGGCCUUCAAACUUGGGAGAAGCAUCUCUUGAAUCAGCUUGGUCAGAUUACUUCAUUGGAGGUGCCAGCUCAUUGCUUAUGGAAAAAGUUUGAAAGGAAAUUCUUCAUAGAGUCAUAGAAUCAUAGAAUUGUUUGGGUUGGAAGGGACCUUUGUGGAUCAUCUCAUCCACCCCCCCCUGCCCCGGACAGGGACACCUCCCACCAGCCCACGUUGCUCCAAGCCCCAUCCAACCUGGCCUUGAACCCCUCCUGGGAUGGGGCAGCCACAGCUUCUCUGGGCAACCUGGGCCAGGGGCUCACCACCCUCACAGCAAACAAUUUCUUCCGAAUAUCUAAUCUAAAUCUGCUUUAUUUCAGUUUAAAACUGUUACCCCUCAUCCUAUCGCUACAAGCCAUUGUAAAAAGUCUCUCUCCAUCUUUCUUACAAGCCCUCUUUCAGUAUUGAAAGGCCACAAUAAGGUCUCCUUCUUGUGGAGUGGUUUUUGGCGCAGUGGAUCAGUGAAAAUGGGAUAGGACAGAGCAAACUGCAGGAAAUCUGGACACAUGAGGUCAAGGGAUAUCUUUAAGGGAUUUUCUAGAUAGUUUGUAAUGGGAAAUAAGUUGAAAAUUUACGUGUAAGAGCGAAGACCAUGUGGAAGAAAAGUGGUUCUUCUCCUCUGCUGCUUGCAUCCAGAACUCCACGCCCCAGCUUUCAGUGGAAAAAACACCCAAAGAAGGAAAACAUGAAAAAUCUUAAAAUGAGAUACCACCAGGAACAACAUGACCCAUCCGCAACCCACUGACGAGCAACUUACAUGUAUUACAAGCUACAGACAACAGCCUUCUUCUAGGUAACAAAUGACA